CAGGCUGAGUGCGCGCCGUCCGUUGCCGCCUGCCUCUCAUCUCGCUCUCUCUCCGCUCUCUCCGCCUCGUCUGACCUUGCCGUCUUUCUUCCGUCACCACCCACCACCUAGCGCGUCAUUGCUCGUACCCGCACUUGGAGCUCAACGGCACGGCUCGGCACAGCAGAAUGGUCUUCCCCUCCGCUCUAGCCUCCUCGUCUAGGUCCGUCCUCACAGCCGCCUCCUCGUCUGCGGCGCCGUCUUCCUCAUCACUCCACCUCCUCGCCGCCUCACUGCAGCGCAUGACAAUGCGCAGAGCACCCAUUGCCCCAUCUUCAGCGGCCCGUGCCUUCAGCAGCACGCCUUCUCCCUCAACAACGUACCGCCAAGUGCUUCGCGGGGCCCGCAAACCGCACCGUCCUCCCGUCAACCGUGCCCCCGCUCUCGAAGGCAACCCAUUCGUGAAAGGCGUUUGCUCACGCAUCUUCACCACCAAGCCGAAGAAGCCCAACUCUGCUAUCCGCAAGUGCGCGAGGGUUCGCUGCUCCAACGGGCGAAUGGUUACCGCCUACAUCCCUGGUGAAGGGCAUAAUUUGCAGGAGCACAGCGUGGUGCUAUUGAGGGGAGGAAGAGUGCAGGACGUGCCUGGUGUGAGGUAUCACUUGGUCCGUGGGGCAUUGGACUUUGCGGGAGUGGUCAAUAGGAGGACGAGCAGGAGCAAGUACGGAGCAAAGAAGCCCAAGGAGGCGUAGGCGCGGUGAGCCUUGGUCAUGCAGUUGUCUGCAGCUGGUGUAGGGACGCUCGAUGAGGGGUCGGGCGAGCUGUCAUGAGCUGCAAAUAGCACCAUUAGUGAUAACGAUUCAACAUAGAGAGCGUCUAUAUGGUGGGAAAGCAGCCGUAGGAAGUCUCUGCAAGGGCGUCUAUCCCUCAUCUCGCGUCUGUCGCUUCCCUUCUCCUUGCCACCAUUCUGCACAUCCCCAUCUGCUCCUCAUCACGCCCUGAUUGGCACAAACAGCCCAAAGUUGGUCAACUCCUCACACGCAGGGCUACGCUCAGCGCGAAUCUUAGCCUCGAGCUCCUUGUCGGCUCCAAGGCCAAAGAAGCCCUUUGUGCGGUCGAUCCUCUGCUCUUGAUACUCGCGGAAAUGCGUGCACUGCGAGUAGAGGACAUUCUUCCACGAGUUUUCGACCUGCGCGCAGGUGGGCGAGGUAGUUAGCUGCUUGCUCUGCAGAGUGUGAUCAGACGGGCUGU